AUUUACUGAUGACUUUAUACAUGAAAUCAUGUCUCAUAAGUAGAGAUAUCGAUGUGCUUUUAACAUUCUUUUCGGAUGGAUGACAUUCGGACAAACAGAAUAACAGAUAAAGUUUUUUUAUUGAUCUUCAGUACAUUUUCAAGCUUACCGCAUAAUAUAGAUUCCUUAUUAUUUAUCUGUACAUAUUUCAUUGUGAUAUCUGCACUUGACACACUAAGUUUCAAUCCUCUAGUCCAACUAUAAUUUGAUGCGAUCCUAGGAAAAUUAUAUUGAGAUAAUUUUUUCAUAUGGGCAGUAUCCCCACUUGCGUCAAACACUCAGAAGACCAAAAUAGUUGAAGCAGUUUCCGAUAAAAUUUUCAUGGCUGCCUACGCUUUACAUGCUAUAGGUUUAAAUGCCAAUUAUUUCACAAAUUGGCCAUAAAUUCUGUAGCAGUGUGUAUAUAAUGUAUAUAAUUAGUCUGUGAUAUCGGUUGUCCGAUUAGUUCAGUUGGUAGAGCAUCUGACAUUCAAGUAGAAUUUGAAAAUUAAGGUCGCAGGUUUGAGUCCUGUAUCGGGCUGCACAUUUUUCCGCUCGUAUUACAUUGGUGCCUUGAGUGUGGUGACUAGCCUUGGAAGUUGGAAUCCUAGAGCUAUAUAUGGCUGGGUUAGUCAAAAGAAUCUGAGUUUGUCUUCGAAAAAAGGAGGGAGGAAUGUAGCAACUUUAGGCAAGGAAUUUGUUACACAGUAGCCUUAAAUAAUGUCCGUUUUAAACAAGAUCAGAAGUCCAUCCAAGAAUCACUUUGUUCUGUUACUCCUGUGCGCUGUGAUAGGAUACCUUAUGCGAUCUCAUGACACAUAUGAACUGCGACCAGUGUGGCGGAAAAGAGCCGAGUAUCAUCAUUUUCAGAAUAAGAAAUUUCCAUCGAAGGCAGAACAACUUCCGGCACCUGUAAUAACAGACCUAGAUAGUGAUGGAAUGAAUGAUAUUAUAUUGCUCACCAAUGAUUUAAAAUUAAGUGUUAUGACAUUGCCAGAUCCUGUAGGGAAGGAUGAAGAUGAUAAAACAUUACCGCAUGUUGUUGUUAGGCACAAAGUUGUGUUGCCACAGGCAAGCAAUGGAAGUCAGGAUCAACCGUCAGGCUGGCCUGUUGCCAUGGUUACAGGGUUUACUGUUCCGUACAUGUCUAUGAUGCAGAUAAGACAACAGGUAAUUGUCAUAGUAACAAAUACUUGGUGGGUAUUCUGUUAUUCCUCAGACCUUACCUUACUGUGGCAAAAACAACUGCUUGACUUUAAAGAACAGUUUGACAAUUAUUAUGUGAAAUCAAUGGGAGCUAUUGUAACAUCACACUCCGUAAAGAAAUCUGAUGAAGGUCUGAUUAUUGUUGGUGGUAGCUACGCUCAUAAAGAACAUGCCAAGAAACAAGAGGAGAAACCAAAGACAGAAAACAGUAAUGAGAAUGGCACGGAGCCAGAGAGUGAGACGCAUACUGAGCACACCGUGGAGGAGAAUACAUUCACACAUUUCUCAACAUUUGCACUCAGUGCUAAAGACGGAACGACAAGAUGGCAUCAUCUCCCAGGAGAAUUUGGUGAACAGGAAACUAAAAAAGAGGAGGAGACCCAGGAACAUCACUGGAAGUUGAGUCUGAAACGUCACAGACUGCAUAUUGGUGAGUCACCCUGGACUUACUAUAAACAGGAACUCUACAAAUCAUUGCCACAUUAUUGGAGAUCGGUGCAAGAUACAAAGUUUUCACUAGGUCGUUACCAAAAGAAGGUAGAUGAGAGUAUGGCAACAGAGGAUGAUGAUGAUGUAACGGAGGUUGAACCAACCAAAUCAGCACUUGAUCCUAAACACCUUAUUGGUUAUGCAUAUGGAGGACAGAGACCUCACAGCGAUGAUGAACAUAUAGCUAACCCAAACGCUGUUGUAAUCAACCAUCAGAAUGGUGUCGAAGUGCUGAAUAUUCUUACGGGACGUCCCAUUACACGUCUUCAGCUCCCAGAUGAUAGUGCAGUCUAUGGGCUAAUGGAUGCAGAAAAUGAUAUAAAGAAACUGUCAUGGGGUGAACAAGAGAAUUUUAGUCCAUGUUUCCUGGAGAUCUGGCGAAUAUAUCCAAUAAAAGAAAACUUGGAAAGAUUUCCAGUCUGUAUGACAAAACGAUUAUUUUUCACCACCAACUGGGUGUAUGAUGAGGACAUGUAUAUCAAGCUGCCUCCACUCAUCAUGAAAAGUGUAGCAAGGAAAUCUGGAGUUGUAAGACAUUUGCUGGGCCACCAUCUACGGAAGGUUGAUGAUCAGUAUGACCUGAUAGCACUCGGCAGUAUGGGAAGAAUCACUUCAGUCGAUAAAAAUGGAGACCUCAACUGGCAGACCCAGAUUGAAGCAAGUUGGGAUUCUGUUGCCAUGACAAUACGCAAGAUGAAGAAAGGAGAGUGGUCGGAGCUUUUAGAAGAGUUCAAAAAUUCCUUUCAACCGGACAGGAGUCUGAUGUCACUGCAGAUUUAUGGGGAAAAGUUAAACAUGCUGGUUGUUGGAUGGCAAGGUAUCAGCUUGAUGGAGUUAACAGAGGGUAGAAUUCUAGCUCAACAUUCCACACCGUGCCCCUCAACAGGGCCUCUUGUUGUAGGGGACUUCAAUAAUGAUGGUUACAAUGAUGUGAUAUUUACUUGUAAAUCUGGGUAUAUUGGAUUUAGUUUACAUCGCCAGUCUAAUCAUACCUCAACUCUGCUGUAUGGUGUAACAGUGUUCCUUAUAAUUAUUGUAAUAGCCUGGGUUCUCUCCCCUGAGAGGCAAAAAUCACAAGAAGACAGUGAUGCUGAUGAUUCUAGCUGAUCACCUGGUAUAUUACAGACUGCAAUAGUAUCUUUAAAAAAAUGGGGGUGUACACAAUUUUAUUGUCUAUUUGAGUAUAUAAUACAAGGUAAACUGCAUUGCAAAAAAGGACACAUUUUUUUGUGUACACUAUGUUUAUCUGUAAUAAUUUGCAAAACACUACCAAGUCAGUCUUUGCAAAUAGAACUAGGUGGAACAGUAGAAAGUGGACAAGAAUUAAGGAUAAAGCCGAGGAACAGACAACUGGAAGUUUGUUCUACGGCACGAUAAAGGUUUUGGCUUUGUUAAGCAAGCCAAGUUUGAAGAUAAAAAAAGUGUUCAUAUUUUGGACUGUUAUUUAUGUGCUAAUGGAUAUUUUAAUGCAAGUUUUUCUAGAAGAAAAUUAUGUCAAAUUGCAGAGUUAACAACACAUAUACAUUGCAGUAUAUGUAGAAGUUAUUUGUUUAGUUAAACAUAAUGGUAGUUGAGUUUGUAUUUACAGAUCUGACAUAAAGUGUUUAUGUUAAAAGAUGAAAUGCAUGUUUAUUUUGAAAAAUGAACAUUUUUAAAUUGGCAAAAAGAAUAAAUUUUUUGUCCAAAAAGAAAAUCUGAAAUUAACCAAAUUUCUUUAGCAGCAUUACAUCAACCUUCAGCUUUUAAUAUGACUGAAAAAUUAUACAAUGUAUACAUGUCUUACUUUCCAUGUUUUUUUCUAUGCGGAUUUAUUUUUCCAGUUGGAACAGACUUUCCUUACACACUUCAGUACCAUGGGUGUUCUUUUCUGUAUUGUAGCAUGUAUUUCAAAAUGUGAAGCUCUGUUGAAUGGAGCAUGUUCAUAAAAUGCAUAUAGUAAAAGCGUGUUUCUUUUAAAGACAGAUGAUGUAAAACAUUAUUUGUCCAGAAAUAUGUUUACAGUUCUUGAAAAUGUCCAAUUAUAACAGUUCUAUUAAAGGAAAGAACCGUGUAUAUAGAAAUACCUCCAGGCAGACAAAGUAAAAUUUCUUUAGGAACUUAAAACUAUAGGUGUAUUAAAAUCAAAGGAUGCAGGCAGGGUUAGUGAAGUUAUCUAUAGUUGCAGAGUAAAAUAAGACUAGCACCAGUCUGUCUUUUCCUGUGUAUUGAAUGGUACUUACCUUAGUGUCUUCUUUUCCAUAAACUUUGAAAUAACACAAUUGAUACAUUAAUUAAAUCAUUAACUCAAUUUGCUUCCCUGGUGCAAACAGGAAGCAAGUUCAGACCAAUUUUAGUCACAUCACAUUCAACAUGUUAAAAUCAAAUCAGUUUUUUCUUAUUUUAUUCUAUGUCAUUGAUGACUGUGUGCUUUUCAUUUUUCAUCCAGAUAUAUGUUCAGUUUUAUUGUGUGGUAUGUAAUUGUUGUUGAUUUGAGUAUGUAAUUGUCGAUUUUUUGCCAUGACAAACAUGGUUUCAUAAAUCAUUGCCAUGAUAACAUGGUUUCAUAAAUCAUUGCCAAGAUAACAUGGUUUCAUAAAUCAUUGCCAUGAUAACAUGGUUUCAUAAAUCAUUGCCAUGAUAACAUGGUUUCAUAAAUCAUUGCCAAGAUAACAUGGUUUCAUAAAUCAUUGCCAUGAUAACAUAGUUUCAUAAAUCAUUGCCAAGUGUUUAUUUAUUCACAGGUACCAAAUAUUUUGAAAAUUGUUCUUAUAUUGAUGAUGUGUUGAAAACAGAUCAAAAAAAAAUAUAAAAUAAACAUG